UCGUGCGGGAGGGUUGUGUCGCUCGUUCGUAUUUUUCAACUCGCGUAUUUACACACGUUACUAUUCAACCUUAAAUCCUAUUAAAAAUGGUCAUUGACCUGAUAAAAGCUCUGUAAUGGGAUUAUCGUGUGAUUAGUAAUGAAUAUGCCAGUGUAGUUUAAAGUUACAAGUGGAAAAUGUUUUUUGAGGAUAUGUGUUUGGAAAAAUGGUGAAGACGUCUACGCGAUGGAAGCACGUCGGCUUGUGGUUACUGCACCUAUGUUGGGUGGAUGGACUUAUAGAAAUCGUCGAAGAACAACAGUGUCACGAUUACGGGUUCCGUCUAACGUGUCGCGACUUAGACUCGCACAUAGCCAUUCUGGAGGCGUGGUACACAUCCAUAGACAAUUAUCACGGAAUCAACGCCACCUACCAGAGUCUGAAGCUCAAAACUGAAAACGAUUCAGAACUCAAUCGAGUGUAUAUUUAUUCUAGUCCAAAACACAACGGUAUUUACGAGCCAGUGAACCAUUCCAUGUUUGAAAAUUUAAAUUAUUCGAGUAGUGUCGAUUUUAACGAUUCUAGUGUUGAUGUAUCGAAUGAUACCGAUUUGAGUGUUGAUUUUGUGAACGCGAGUUGUGGUGCUGUGACGUUUGUGAGGAGUUAUGGCAGUUGGAGAGAGGGAGAUAAAAGGAGGCGUCAGCUCGUGGAACGGAGCGCGUCAGUCAAUUUGAGAGCGCCUCUUAGUUACCGGUGUACCGGAGUGAACCACUGCAACUUCAUACUCCAAGAGGACUACCCUCCUGCAGUCAGGUGGCCACUGGGCGUCGUAUACAUCAAGUACGCUUGUUUUGAUGACACGCUGUCGGUCCACUACUGCAAUCGCGAGGUGCUCGUCGCGGAGUCAGGUCCUGACAGCGAGGGGUACAUCCGUACACCUGGGUACCCAAACUUCUACAUCGGCGACGAGUGUCGAUGGCGCAUCAGGGUGCCGUCAGAACAGAGGCUGAGGAUUACCCUGAUGGAUGUGAGCUUGAGGACGAUAGGCCCGUUUGAAAACUCCUGUACAGACUACAUAUCGGUGCGGGAAUCGAACGGCGACACCAUGUUCUCCUCCUGCGAUCAGGUGGACCUGCCACUACGCCUCACCUCCUCGACGGAUACAGUUGAUGUGGUGGUGGAUGCCAAGUCCAAGGGAGCCUAUCCCAAAAGAGGGGUGCUUUUGCAUUACAAGAGUAUAGGAUGCAUCACGAUACCACCGCCAUCUGACGGCUACCUCGUGUAUCGCACAGAAGAUGUCGCUCACUACAUGUGCCAUGUGAAUUUUGUUUUCGCCGACACCCAACAGAGGGCGCGGAUGUUAUGGUGUUUUGACGACAACAGAUGGAAUGACACUGUGCCUACAUGUGUUGUAGAGGCGGCUACGAGAGCCGUCGGGAACGAUUCAGCCAAGGGUAACCAAACAGACACAAACCUGCCGCCACACGACGAACCCAACAUGAUAGUAGAUAUAGUGAUCCCGUCGCUGCUUAUCGCGGCACUCUUUAUCGGAAACGCGUUCAUCGUGCUCAUCAUAUACAAAUAUAGAAAACGGGCAAUUGAUGAUAACAUUCAAUUCUCCGAUCGCAACCCAAACCCAAGUCCAAAUCCUAGUCCCGCGCCCAAAGAAGAUCCUGAUGGACAGAAAGUAGCGGAUUCAUUCUUUGGAAGGUUGUCGGAAAGGAUCCGCGUCAUUGCCUCCAAAACUAAAGAAACUAUCUAAACAAGCAGGUUGCAAGGAAAAACGACGAUUUGGAUGACGAGUUCAACACCAUUCCACUGAGCGUCAACGGCAAUGCCCAUAGCGCGGGAAAUGCGGUUUGAGGAUUUUCUACAAUAUCUAGAAUUAUUGCACACCAAAUCUAUACUUUCACAGUUUGACUGAUUGUUUUGUCCAUCGAUGAUUAUUAGAAUGUGUUACUUUAGUUUUUAAGUAGGCCGCUGAAUGUAGUUUAAAAUACAAUUAGAAAGAUAGAAUUGUUAUUUUUUUUUUAAAAUAAUCUGAGUGAUUCAAAAUGUUGCCAUGUAGUGUCUAGUGCUAGCGGAUAAACGAUACGAAACAAUUUAUUGAAUGAUCAUGACACCAAUAUAUUUUCAUACGCGCGAUAGAGAUGUUGAGGUCAAUGUACGUUUUUCCGCCAGCCUCAGAAACAGACUUAGAAAUAGUGAAUAUAAUUUUUGGUGUGUAAUAUUCCAAAGUAAUCGAAAAGGGCGGGACAGUCACAUCCUUCUGUCGCCAGUUUAGCCUUAGGCAUUAAGUUACCUUAUUUAUUUGUUAAUUAGUUAACCCGUAGACACGAAUAUAGUCCAGUGACAUUCAAUUUUCUUAUGUGACCUUUAGGAAUUAAGUAAGGACUGAUAUUAAUAUAAUACUCGUUUAAAUUAGACAUUUUUUUCUGUCGCACAUCUGUCAUUGCCUUUUGUCACUGUAGUCAAUUUCGUGGACGAAUCAACAAGCAGCUAAGUUGAGAUGAGUAGAUUACUAAUAUGCCUGGUAUAUAAAAUAGUUGAGCAAAAAAAAACUAUGAUUUCAAAUCCAAAUGUUUAAAAUGUUAUGUAUUGUGUAUUAAUAAAAUUAUGCCCUCAAUUAGCGUCCUAUAUUUGUCAAGAACUAUCUAGACUUUACACAGAGAAAUAAGCAUGUCUAGACAAGAUAACGGCAAGAAUUUUCAGAUUACCUAGCUGAUUAUUAUCUGGAACUUAUCUAUCAGCUGAUUAUUGCUCGGCAUAUAUAUGAGGAACCCACUCAUCUCUAAGUCUAUUGUAAUUGUGGCUAAAAUGGCCAUAUCUCAUUCAUCCGUACUAAACAUAUUGAAUCGAUAGGAGAUUGCCAUUGUAGUUGUAUCAAUGUAGAUUGGUUUUCCUUGGAAUUGUUGAUGUUUUGUAUGUAUUCGGCGAAGUCUGUAUAAAUUCUGUAAUUAAAGCACUUUAUCUCUA